AUCCAGAGAGACCAAACGCAGAGACUUGGUUUUCAACUGAUCUUGAAGUCAGCAGCUCACAAAUGAAACAUGAGACUGGUCUCUAUGUCUCAUUCCUUUCCCAAAUUGUUACUCUCUUUGGUGAAUUUAGAACCGAAACAAAUGGAAGAAACAAACCAGUCUGUGGUGUCAGAAUUCAUUAUUCUUGGGCUUUGUGAAUCAUGGGAGCUCCAGGCCUUCCUCCUUGUGAUAUUUUCUACACUUUAUUUGACCACCAUUUUAGGAAAUAUCUCCAUUAUGAUCAUAGUCACCAUUGACCUUCAUCUCCAUUCUCCAAUGUACUUUUUGUUGGCCAAUCUCUCCUUCUUCGACUUCUGCUUUUCCUCAGUCACCACUCCUAAAAUGAUCACAGACUUUCUCAAGGAAAACAAGACAAUCUCCUUUGGAGACUGCAUGUGUCAGCUUUUUUUUGGACACUUCUUUGGAGGGGGUGAGAUGGUACUGCUUGUGUCAAUGGCGUAUGAUCGCUAUGUGGCCAUCUGUAAGCCUCUGCAUUACUCCAGCAUCAUGAGCAGACAUAUGUGCAUUGGGUUAGUAAUUACAUCAUGGGUUAUUGGCUUUGUUCAUUCAAUAAGCCAACUACUUAUUAUUCUCAAGCUUCCCUUCUGUGGACCAAGAGAAUUAGAUAGCUUUUUCUGUGAUAUCCCACUGGUGAUCAAGCUAGCCUGCAUGGACACCUAUAUUCUAGAAAUAUUGAUAAAUGCCAACAGUGGGGUAUUGGCAACCAUCUGCUUCAUUCUGUUACUGAUCUCUUACUCUCAUAUUCUUUUUACUGUCAAACUUCAAUCUAAGGAUGGGGCAUCCAAAGCUCUCUCCACCUGCACUGCCCACAUUACGGUGGUGGUAUUGUUCUUUGGACCCUGUAUCUUCAUCUAUCUGUGGCCCGUGAACAUCACCUGGGUGGACAAGUUCCUUGCUGUACUCUAUGCAGUUAUAACACCUCUCCUAAAUCCAGCCAUUUACACUCUAAGAAACAAGGAGAUUAAAAAUGCAGUGAAGAGACUGUGGUGUUAGUAUAUUAAUUUCAAUGCGUAGUUCAGGUUCUCACAUUAUCAAAAUGUUCACUAUAACCUUCUAAAUUAACCACACUGACUUGUGUACUCUGCACUGGGGAGUACUCCCGUAUUCACAAAUGGAAAUCGGGUAUCUCCAGAUGAAAGGUCUCCGUCGAUUCUGUUCAGUUCCACCAGUUUACUGAUCAUUAAAUGCAAAAUGAUUUCUGUCUGGAAAGCUUUACCAAUCUCUAUCAUUAAAAACUUGGUUAUGCUCAAAGAUGAUUUGAAAUUAAUAACAUAGUAGUGCAUAAUAACAUAGCUGCCGGAGCUGCAGCUCACUAGUCUAGUCAUCCGCAUGCAGUACCGGCACCCCCAGUUCUAGUCCCAGAGAAGCACCUGGCUCCUGGCUUCAGAUCAGCGCGUUGUGACGGUCGCAGCGCGCUGGCCACGGCGGCCAUUGGAGGGUAAACCAACAGCAAAGGAAGACCUUUCUCUCUGUCUCUCUCUCUCUCACUGUCCACUCUGCCUGUGAAAAAAAAAAUAACAUAUUAGUGGUACCUAUUAAUAUUGGUUCUGCUACUUUAAAAACAUCUGCAAUCAUAUUUUGAUAUUUUCUGUAGGCUAAGCGUUUCUUUAAUCACAUCAUGUCAAAAAGGUCUUCUCUAAUUUUUAAUAAUAAGCCAGUGGAUUGAACAUUCCUUUCUUUAUCUUUACAAAUGGAUGAAUUAGUUUUUCAUUUGGUUAACAUUCUGACUAACUUCUCUGGAGAGAUAACCACAAAUUCAAUCAUUAAGCAUUCCCCAUCUUAUGCAGAAUAAAGCUGAAUAAUAAUCAUAAUCGCAAUCUAGAGAGAAUUUUAUUUCCUCAACUUCAUAUCUUUUAGCUGUUUUUGAAACACUCUAAUUGUCCUUUCCUUUUGUUUCAUUUCUUUACUGAUUUUUUGUUUACCUAAUUUCUCCAACACUGUUCCUUCUUCCUCCAGCUUUAAACUUUUCUCCUCUUCAUACUGUUUGAUUGUCAGACAAUAUAUAAGUUAAAUUAUUCAUAUUAUGCAUUUAAUGUGAAGGGAAGUAAUAUGUUCAUAUUUCAAAGUCCUUCAAAAGCUGAAUAUAUUACCUCUAAUUGAAUUAAUUGAAAUCUCGAUGAUCUUAUAUCUGAAGCCAUACUACCAAAGCUGUAAUUUACCUUUUCUCAUUACCUUUCUGUGAAAAAUUUUUAGGACUAAAAAUAAAUAGUAAAAUAACUUUUUAAAUAGAGUUAAUGUGAUAAUUCAAUGUAAACUCAUAAGUAAUCAUCUAUUUUAUAUAUUACAGAUGUUUAAAUAAAUAUUUAAAUUAAGAACAGACUAUCAUUUAUAAAGAAUGAACCAAAACCAUUUUAAAAAAAGAUUAAUAAGCAUAAAAAGUAUUCUACAUGUACUGUGUGGCUAUUUUAUUUCAAAGGAAUAAAUGUUAUGAAAGCUAAUAUAUUUAUGAGAAAGUCAUCCAGUCCAUAAAUAAAUGUUGGAACAUCUAUUAGUUGUUCUAGGACUAUAGUAUUAUAAUUGUGUUUUAUAAACUUUUCAAGGUUGCCUAUGAUUUACUAAAAUAUAGGCCUCACAAAAAUAUUUGCUUUCUCUAUUUGCAAGUCUCAAGGUACAUAAAAAUUGUCCACAAUGAGAAAUUAAAUAUGUAAUAAAAUAAAUUAGUAUAGAAUUGGAAUAAAACUAUCCAUAUUGUCUGCUCCCCACCCCUGUAUUUGCAAGAGAUUACAUUUUUUGACCCAAUAUGAUGGUAUAUACAUUAAACACUUUGAGUAUAUUUCAGGUAAUACCCAUAUUUUUGUAUGA